AUGGAGGAGGUAGAGGGAUCCUCUGAACUCACCACCCCGCCACUUCCUCACCACCGUGUUCUUCUCAUCUCCGCCGGAGCCAGUCACUCCGUCGCCCUCCUUUCUCGCAAUGUGGUUUGCUCUUGGGGAAGAGGGGAGGAUGGGCAGUUGGGUCAUGGGGAUGCUGAGGAUCGACUUUCCCCCACGCAGCUCAGUCGUUUGGACGGACACCAGAUUGCUUCCGUUACUUGCGGUGCCGAUCAUACCACUGCCUAUUCCGAUUCAACCUCCGAGGUCUACAGUUGGGGAUGGGGAGAUUUUGGCCGGUUGGGUCAUGGUAAUUCUAGUGAUUUGUUCACCCCUCAGCCGAUCAAAGCAUUGCACGGUCUUAAGAUCAGACAAAUUGCCUGCGGGGACAGCCAUUGUUUAGCAGUUACAAUGGAUGGCGAGGUACAGAGCUGGGGAAGGAAUCAAAAUGGCCAACUUGGUCUUGGAACCAUGGAAGAUGCUCUUGUGCCUCACAAAAUUCAAGCUUUCCAGGGAAUCCGGAUUAAAAUGGUUGCUGCUGGUGCUGAGCAUACUGCAGCUGUCACGGAAGAUGGAGAACUCUAUGGAUGGGGAUGGGGCCGAUAUGGGAACUUGGGCCUAGGUGAUAGAAAUGAUCGCUUACUUCCUGAGAAAGUUUCGUUAUCUAAUGAAGAGAAGAUGGACAUUGUUGCUUGUGGUUGGCGGCAUACAAUAUCUGUAUCUUCUUCUGGUGGUUUAUAUAGCUACGGGUGGAGCAAAUAUGGUCAACUAGGUCAUGGAGACUUUGAAGAUCAUCUCACUCCUCAUAAACUAGAAGCUCUAGGAGAAAGUUUUAUAACUCAGAUAUCAGGUGGCUGGAGACAUACCAUGGCUGUGACAUCGGAUGGAAAGUUGUAUGGCUGGGGAUGGAAUAAGUUUGGACAGGUUGGAGUUGGUGAUAAUGCUGACCACUGCUCUCCUGUACAAUUAAAAUUUCCCCGUAAUCAGAAAGUAGUUCAGAUUGCAUGUGGAUGGAGGCACACACUUGCUGUUACUGAUCGGCAAAACGUUUUCUCUUGGGGAAGGGGGACUAAUGGACAGCUUGGUCAUGGAGAGUCAAUGGACAGAAAUUUACCGAAAAUGAUUGAAGCUCUAAGUGGUGAUGGAUCUGGAGGUCAACAGUUGCCAUCAUCUCUAGUUGAUCCAUCAUCAGGCAAAACCUGGGUGUCACCAUCAGAUAGAUAUGCAGUUGUUCCUGGGGAAGCAGAUCAAGCGGACAGCUCGAUGGGGGGUAACGGGAAUGAUCUAAGUGUUCCAGAAAAUGAUGUGAAGCGGAUACGGGUCUGA